AUGCAUCUCCUGACCAGAAGCGCCGCCUUUGUGGCGCUCCUCUGCAGCAGCCCAGCCAUGGCCCACAUCCACGCCGUGAACAAGAUACAAGAAGGAGAGGCCAUCUCCCAAGACCCCAUCGACUCGGUACUAUGGACGCACAUGUUGAUUCAGGGACUGGCUUGGGGCAUCAUCUUCCCCACGGGCAUGGUCCUAGGCAUAAUACGGUCGAAAUGGCACGUCCCAGUCCAGAGCGUCGGCACCGUCCUCGCCAUCAUCGGCUACUUCCUCGGUCACAAGCACGGCGGCCGCCAGUUUUCCCCAGACAACAUCCACUCGACAUUUGUACCCGUCAUCAUGCUCAUGUUGCUUAGCCAGAUUGUCAUGGGCAUCUACCUGAAACUCCACCUGGAAAAGGGCAUCAACGGGAAGAUACGCAACAUCAUAGUCAAGGUGCAUGGCGUGGUCGGCAAGGCCUUGCCAGUGGUGACGUGGGUGCAGUUCCUCUUUGGAGGCAUUACAGCGCUGGGCUUCUGCAGAGAGGACCACACCGGACAGUGCCUGGCGCAUUUCAUCAUGGGCAGCGCCUUCAUCGCAUACGGUAUUAUUCUCCUGAUCCUGCUCUUAGUUGGACAGAUGUGGCUGCGCAGGACAGGCAAGAGCCAGGAAUUCUUCGAUUCGCUCGUCAUCGCCGCGUGGGGUUGCGUCAACACCUUCACCGAGCACCGAUGGGGAGGACCCUGGGUCCACAACGACCUGCAACAUACCUCCAUGGGCAUUGUGUGGUGGGCAGCCGGUCUCGUCGGCAUCUGGCUCAGCAGGAAGCGCAACGGCCAGCCCAAGCGUAACCUGAUCCCAGGUAUCGUCAUCCUCAUGACUGGAUGGGCCAUGUCUGCGCAUCCCCAACAUCUGCCUCUUUCGGCCAUGAUUCAUACCGUCUUUGGAUACACCCUGAUGGCUGCGGGUGCUGCGCGCAUCAUCGAAAUCUCGUUUGUGCUCAAGGAUAGGACCUCGAUCCACACCGAUGGCUCAGACCCGAACAGCUUCCAGUACAUGACACCGUUCCUGCUGAUAGCUGGCGGAUUCAUGUUCAUGGGUGCUACGGAGGAGCAGAUGCAGCUUCUGUCAGAUGCAAACGUAACUCACGUGUCAUAUGUGCUGAUUUUGUUCAGCAUUGCGUUCGUGCUGUUUCUCUUCGUAAACGUACUGAUCCACUUGUAUGCCGUGUACGCUUGGGAACAGGAUGACAAAGCCGAUGACGAAGCGCCUCAUGUCAACGGACAUGCCAACGGCUACACCCGAGUGGAUCGCAGAAUAAGAGACGCCGAAGAAUUUGAAUUGGAAGGCCUCGACUCGGAUGACGACGACAACGACACGCAACUCCGCCAUAAGGAGAGCAGGACGCACGCGGCGCGACAUUAA